AUGCACUCACCUCCUAGAGACCAGGCUGCCAUCAUGCUCUGGAAGCUCGUGGAGAAUGUCAAGUACGAAGAUAUCUAUGAGGACCGGCACGAUGGCGUCCCGAGCCACAGCUCGCGGCUCUCCCAGUUGGGCUCGGUGUCCCAAGGACCCUACUCGAGCGCCCCGCCGCUGUCCCACACCCCGUCGUCGGACUUCCAGCCGCCCUACUUCCCGCCCCCCUACCAGCCGCUCCCCUACCACCAGAGCCAGGACCCUUACUCCCAUGUCAACGACCCCUACUCUCUAAACCCACUGCACCAACCCCAGCAGCACCCCUGGGGGCAACGACAGCGGCAAGAAGUGGGCUCGGAAGCCGGCUCUCUCCUGCCCCAGCCUCGGGCCGCCUUGCCGCAGCUCUCGGGCCUCGACCCGCGGAGGGACUACCACUCGGUCCGCCGGCCGGACGUGCUGCUGCAUUCGGCGCACCACGGCCUGGACGCGGGCAUGGCUGACAGCCUCUCACUGCACGGCCUCGGCCACCCUGGCAUGGAAGACGUCCAGUCAGUUGAAGAUGCCAAUAACAGCGGCAUGAAUCUAUUGGACCAGUCCGUCAUAAAAAAAGUUCCGGUUCCUCCAAAAUCUGUGACUUCUCUGAUGAUGAAUAAAGAUGGCUUCCUGGGAGGCAUGUCCGUCAACACCGGCGAAGUGUUUUGCUCGGUCCCGGGCCGCUUGUCUCUUCUCAGUUCAACUUCCAAAUACAAAGUAACUGUGGGGGAAGUUCAGAGACGGCUCUCGCCCCCCGAAUGUCUCAAUGCGUCUCUCCUCGGCGGCGUCCUCAGAAGAGCCAAAUCGAAAAAUGGGGGGAGAUCUUUGCGAGAAAGGCUAGAAAAAAUCGGUUUGAAUUUACCUGCGGGCAGGCGCAAAGCGGCAAAUGUCACGUUACUCACCUCCCUGGUGGAAGGAGAAGCUGUUCAUUUAGCUCGGGAUUUUGGGUACAUUUGCGAAACGGAAUUUCCCGCCAAAGCUGUUUCUGAGUAUCUGAACCGGCAGCACACGGACCCCAGCGACCUGCACUCCCGAAAGAAUAUGCUGCUGGCCACCAAGCAACUUUGUAAAGAAUUUACGGAUCUGCUGGCGCAGGACCGGACACCGAUCGGCAACAGUCGGCCCAGCCCCAUCCUGGAGCCAGGGAUCCAGAGCUGCCUCACGCACUUCAGUCUCAUCACGCACGGCUUCGGCGCCCCAGCCAUUUGUGCCGCGCUCACUGCCCUGCAGAACUAUCUCACCGAGGCGCUCAAAGGCAUGGACAAGAUGUUCUUGAACAACACCACCACUAACAGGCACACGUCUGGGGAAGGCCCAGGUAGUAAAACUGGCGACAAGGAGGAGAAACACAGGAAAUGAAAAAAUUAAAUAAAAAAAGAAGGAAAAAUGUUUUAAAUACAAAAAGA